AAAAUUACUCAUUACAACCUUUUACAAUGCUAAAUGACUGACGAAAAUUAUACAAGUCUUUGAUUUACCAAUUCCACAAGGAGAGACUGUGAUUCUUAAUAAGAGAAUUAAAACUUCUUGUAACUCACCAUUGCAUUUAGAAAUGGAGUCAUCCUCCGAGCUGUACGAUGUAUUAGCCGAGCGUUUAGUUGGAGGGGUAGUAUUUGUCUCUAUUUUAAUGGUGAUCGGAUGUGCUGGAAAUUUGAUUGUUCUUCUAGUGUACACGUUCCGCAUGAAAGCGUCCAAUCACAGGAUAUUUAUCGUAUUUCUUGGACUGCUGGAUUUCCUGGCGUCAAGUAUCGCCAUGCCGUUUACAGUUGUUACAUUUCGUCAACCGGAAAUACUCAGAAAGACGCCGACGUGUAAAUUAUAUUGGUUUGCCAACUACUUCAUUUGUUCGGCUUCCGGCCUGGCUUUGCUGGUGAUAGCCAUUGAGAGGUAUAGAAAAAUAUGCGUUCCCCUGGGUUGGCAGAUGACCCGUCGGACAGCCAUCCUUUCGUGUUUUAUUGUACUGCUAGUGACUACAGUUUCAUCAUGGCCUGUCCUUAUAUUGAUAGGAACAACUACCAACCUAACGUCUACUCCAAGGAUCACGGAUUCAAUCUGCGCCACCGAGGAGAAAGAAAAUUACGACAUGUACCAAAUAUAUUAUCAUGGGGGCCUGACACUUCUGGUUGGUCCUUGUUUUGUGGCACUUGUCGUCUUAUAUGGACUGGUGUGGAGAGUUGUACGAAAAUACAAUGCGCAAAAACAGGAUAGAUACAAAUUUAUUGCAGCUGAUGGAUCUUCAGUAUCAGACCGGAAAACAUCACUUACGAGCGUCAGAAGUACAGAUAAGGCAAACGAUAUAUCUUACAUACAGGAAAUGACGUCAUCUGAUGACAAGCAAAGCAAGAGGAUCUCCUCGAAAGCCGAGACAAACACCCGUAAGAAGUUCAACGUAGUGAAGAAAACAACCAUUGCUUUUCUUUUGAUAACUGCUAUAUUUUUCAUAAGUUAUAUUCCAUACUUGAUUUUGACUAUUCUGAUAUAUUCAAAUACUAUUUCCGGGCUGACGUCAUCAGGUGUGGUGUUUGUCAAUAUCAUACGGUUCACACCGUAUAUAAACAACAUCGCUAAUGUGUUUAUCUACGGCUGCUUUGACGUGCAGUUUCGACGUGAAAUAAAAUCAGUUUAUAACAAGGUGACGUGCUAUAAAAUACUGAGAUUGACACAGACGUAAACUGACCAAAGCAGGUCAAAUUAAAGUUCACACAUAUUGACAAAUACCCAAUGUUGUAAAACGUUAUGGAUUCUGCUUUUAAUAUCUAAUGUUUGAACAGAAACUUCAAGGGAGGUAACUAGAGUCCUAGUUGCUCGCUUGCAGUAAUAUCAGCUUUUUCAUGACGGUAAAACAUGUAAAAUUAUUUGUGCUAUGUGAAAUUUUUGUCUGUUUUGCUUGUAUUGUAUUAAACACAACCUUGCAUGUCUGUUAUGACAAAAGGCAUAAACAUUUGCUAGAUACUGAAUACAUGUAUCAAAUUUCGAAUUAGAAAUAUAUAUGCACAAAUUAUGCAUAAAUGUUCAUAAAAUCAUGUUUAUUAAAGCAUAAAAUAUUUAGUUAUUAAUGUAAAAAAUCAAAACAGAUAAUUAAUAUGUCAAAACCGAUUUUAGAUUAAAAAUAUACUCUUUCAUUACAUGUUCAUAAUAAAUGAUCUUAAAAUCA